AAUGUCAUCUCAAACAACAAACUAAUAUAGAAUGUACUUAGGUGCUAGAGUGUUAUGGCCACCUGAUUGUCCUGAUGACAUUCUUGAAGGUGCUAUAAAUGAAACAUAAAGUUGUUUGAAAACAUUUGAAGCUAAAGAUGGAUAAAAGGUAACAGUUUCAUAACUUAUAUUAAGAUGGCAGAGCAUCUUAAGAAGUAUUUAGAUAGUAAUUUUGAACCAUAUUGGCAUGUAUUUUUUGGUAAAAAUUUUGGAUGUCAUUCAAUUCAUGAAAAAAGAAGAUUUAUCUACUUUUACAUUGAUAAAACAGCUUAUCUAUUUUACAAAACAUAAUGA